AUGGAAAAACAAAUGCUGAUGUCAGCUGUCCUUCGUUAUUGUCGCACUGUUAUGUUACUGCUGCUGCUAACUUGUGGCUCAUCGCUGGUUAGAUCUUCUCUUGCCACCUCAAAUACGUUGCACAAGCUGGGCGACUUCACCCAGUACCCCUACGGCAGCAUCUUCUCCCCGCUGGUCAAAGCCCUGUCAGAGCACGGAGGGUCGAGAUGGAACCCAGACUUGAAGAAAAAGAUUAAACCUGAGCAAAGUUACAUGAAAUAUUUGACGGAGGUUUACAAGAGGUCACCCAGAGUGCAGAGGAGUUUGGAUGGGAAUAAAAUCUACAACACACUCCGACUGAUCAAGCCACAAGAUGAAUGUCUUGCAAAAAAUAAAGAGAGUUUCAUGCAGGAUCUUUCGUACAGAAUUGAUCAAGUAAGAAAAAAAGAGCAACUUCUGAAGUCCGCCCUGCUGUACAACUUGGACAACGUCAACUCUGUAUGCUACCUGAGUAUCAAAGAGCAGGAGCAUUCAAACCAGUGUCCCCUGUGUCCCGGGAUCCACCACGCUCUGAACUUCACAGACAGUACGAUAAGGAGAAACUGGGUGGAGGUUGACGUCACCUUGUUUCUUCAGCCUAUGCUAAGGUUUCAGAAGCAGAAUAUACACCUUCUCAUCAAAGUAACCUGCCCAGAGGAACAAAAAAACAGGGGUGACGGGCAUCAAGGCCCGCUGGAGUUCACCAUGAGGUCCCCUCCUCUGCUUCUUUAUCUCAAUGACACCAGCAAAGUUGCCCAUCAAUAUACUGGUGGGUUACAAGCCAACGCUAAAGCAAGUCAAAGGCCAUCCACUGCUGCCAACACAUUUCACAAGCAGAUGUUUCUCAAACCAGAACAGAGGUUUGGGCGCAAGAGGAGAUGGAAUAGGGAAUCUCCAAAGAGCAAACGGGGUGAUAAAAGCCUGGAUAUCCACCUGCCUGAGCUUCUUCCGAGCUCUGAAUUCCCAACAAGUGACUGUGCCUUGUAUGAUUUCAGGGUGCGGUUCAGCCAACUCAAACUGGAUCACUGGAUUGUUUUCCCACCAAAAUACAACCCCAGGUACUGCAGAGGCAUCUGCCCGAGGACCAUGGGCUUCAUCUAUGGUUCACCUGUCCACACUAUGGUGCAAAACAUCAUAUAUGAGAAGCUUGACUCCUCUGUGCCAAGGCCCUCGUGUAUUCCCUCCCAUUACAGCCCGCUGAGUGUCAUGAUCUGUGAAGAGGACGGCUCUUAUGUCUACAAGGAGUUUGAAGACAUGGUUGCGACCAGGUGCACAUGUCGCUAA